AUGAAAGGGACCAAAACCACUCCGAACAGAAAUGCCAACAGAGCGAAUCGCGAAACGAGCAAGCCCACCGUCUCGGACACUACCCGCGUCAAGACCAGAAACCGAAAUCACGGUACCCACGAGGCACAAGUCAAAAAGUCAAAAUCCGUUCUCGCCGAUGUGUUUAAAACGAUGCGCGAACCGAAACCGCCUCCAACACCUGAGUCCUGGUCCACGGCUGGUCAAGAGGCGCAAAGUAAAACCCAGACGACGGGCCUUUCGCCAGAGGACUCAAGUACUGGCUCUGCUCGCUCGAGCACAUCUUCCGCCAGCGUCCGUAUAGAUCAACGCAAUGCUUCCACUGCUGAAUCAUCGAAGCAUCCUCCGGGUGGUGCUCCAAGACAAAUCGGAUGGGGCGCCUUUAGCCACCGGAAACAGCAGGCUCCUACGCAUGGCCAUAACCAUGGUAAUGAGUCCACCUUGUGGUCGGAGAUCACAAGGGCGAACAAAACAAAAGGAAAACCACAUCAGAGGCCAAAGCCCGCAAAUAUCGGUGGUUCAGCUAAAGCCAAAGUUAAUGAGCCCGAGGUUGCAUCGGAACAAGACUUUUGGGGAGAGCUAGACACGAGAGUCGCUGGAAUUACAGAAGAGAAGGGCAGGGGUCGACGAGGAGCAGUCACGGCUGGUGCUCCAGAUAGAAGAGUUGAAGAUGGCGCAGGGCACAAUCAGACCGUUGGGCAUCCACCACAGGAAAAGGCCAGGGAAAAGGAGAGGAGGAAAUCGCGCUUUGACCUUGAAGACGAACCAACUUCGAAUGAUCGACCAAGCAAGAAAACGAGAAAAACUGCAAGAGGGCGCCGGGCUGAAUUGGAGGAGGAUUGGGACGAUGAGUCGACACAUCGAUGGGAACAAAAACAGCGUCGAAAGGCAGAGAAGGAGGCACGCAAAGACAACAAGCUUCAGGAAGAGGCUCAAGCUAUCACGAUCUUUCUUCCCGAGUACAUCAGCGCGUCAAACUUGGCCCAGGCUUUGAAGCAGCGCCCAGAUCAGUUCUUAAUGGACAUGGAAGAGAUGGGCUUUGAGAAUGUGACGCCUGAUACCAUCAUGACGGGUGAAACCGCUGCGCUCAUCUCCAUGGAGUACGGCUUCGAUCCUACGGUCGACACUGGUUCGCAACGCGAUUUAAAACCUCGCCCAAUUCCAGAUGAUGUGUCCUCACUUCCAAGCCGCCCUCCAGUGGUCACUAUCAUGGGUCACGUUGAUCACGGGAAGACGACACUGUUGGACUGGUUACGGAAAUCAUCUGUUGCUGCUCAAGAACAUGGCGGGAUCACACAGCACAUCGGCGCCUUUGUUGUCAAGAUGUCCACUGGCAAACAAAUUACCUUCUUGGACACACCAGGACACGCUGCCUUUCUCUCCAUGCGUCAGAGAGGAGCCAACGUUACCGAUAUUGUUGUCUUGGUAGUUGCUGCUGAUGACAGUGUCAUGCCACAGACUAUCGAAGCCUUGAAGCAUGCCACAGCUGCCAAGGUGCCCAUCAUCGUGGCGAUCAACAAGAUUGAUAAAGAGGACGCCCGAGUUGACCAAGUAAAGGCGGAUCUUGCUCGGCAUGGGGUCGAAAUUGAAGAUUACGGUGGAGACGUACAAGUUGUUUGCGUGAGUGGUAAAACCGGUCAAGGCAUGCCUGAUCUGGAGGAAAAUAUCAUUACGCUCUCGGAGAUCCUCGACGUACGCGCAGAAUCAGACAAUAUGGCAGAGGGCUGGAUUCUCGAGUCCAGUGUGAAACAGAACGGCAAGGCAGCAACGGUUCUAGUGAAGCGUGGAACACUCCGCCUAGGAGACUUCAUUGUUGCGGGCAAAACAUGGGCCAGGGUUCGAGCCCUUCGCAACGAAGCCGGGACUGAGCUAUCAGAAGCACCACCAGGUACUCCCGUUGAAGUAUUGGGUUGGCGAGAAUUGCCAGAUGCCGGGGAGCAGGUCUUGCAGGCUCCAGACGAAGGCAAGGCAAAGACGGCUGUUGAGUACCGGUUAGAAAUGGCAGAGCGUGAGCAGAGCUCAGUGCAGCUAGCUGAGCAAGAACAGCGGCAAAGGGAGAAAGCUGCAGCAGAAUCCCUUGCCGAAGCUGCCUCUGGAGAAGAAGGAGCUGCUGAUGUUCCGUCGGAGCCUGGUAUCCUGUACCAGAAUUUCACAGUAAAGGCCGAUGUCGUCGGCUCAGUCGAGGCCGUCUGUGGCAGCAUCCUGGAACUGGGCAACAAUGAAGUACGACCCAAGAUCCUUAGGUCAGCAGCCGGUCAAAUUUCAGAAUACGAUAUUGACCAUGCGGCGGCUUCAAAUAGCGUAAUUGUCAACUUCAACGUUUCCAUCUUGCCCCAUAUCAAGCAGCGGGCAGAAGAAGCCAAAGUCAAAAUUUUGGACCAUAAUGUCAUUUACCACGUUGUGGAUGACGCCAAGGCAGCCCUUUCAGAGCUACUACCUAUGAAGGUCACCCACCGUGUCACUGGAGAGGCGGACAUUCUCCAGGUAUUCCCCAUCAACAUAAAGAAGAGAGUCUUCAAGAAUAUCGCCGGGUGUCGAGUCCGAAAUGGAUCAGUCAAGAAGUCGUCCAUGGUCAAAGUACUGCGAAAGGGCAAGGUCGUCUUUGAUGGCAAAAUCGACACUCUGAAGCACGUCAAGAAGGACGUGUCGGAGAUGAGCAAAGGCACUGAAUGCGGCAUCGGUCUAGACGGCUUUGAAGAUUUCCAAGUCGACGAUCAGAUCCAGGCGUAUGAGGAGGUUAAAGAGAAGCGAGAAUUAUGA